AUGACUGACUCAACUAAAAAGCAAACAAACAGAUAUGAUGAAGUUGACAAAAUCAUUCUAUACAAGUAUUCUUCUAUGAAAAGUCAAGAUGGUAAAGAGACUAUAAUUUCUAGAGGCUACGAAUCGACUACCAAGGAGGAGUUACCAUCUCAACCAACACAAGCUGCUUCUACUUCAUCUCAAUCUUCACCAAAACCAGCUACAACUACACCUGACACUCUCUGGCACAAACAAAAGGAGAAGAGGCUACAGAGGAACAAAGAAAACAAAACAGACUAA